CUGUCAAUUGUGGUUUGUAGGUCUUUAUCACAUCUGCUCUAAUCUCUCUCAUUUCUGUAUGUCCUAUCUGCUUAACCCUUAUCUGCAUGAAAGCUGUUCUGUGCCUCUUGUCAGCACUUUCACUUUCAGUUAACCUUGUCUUGCCCUACUGUGAUGCAGAUGAGGAGGCACAGAACAUCCAAAUGUUCCAAUGUCACAUUUUAUUUUAGAAUCAUUGCACAUCUAGAAGUACUGAUAACUGUUCUAGUGAUUUUGCAGGAAUCUCAGGGUUGGGAAGCUAGUGGGGUUUUUGUUUUAAGGACAAACUACCAUAAAGUAGAGAUGUGUGUGACAGGCACAGGAGAGCAUCUCUGAUUGUACUGCAGCCGCUCCUCAAAAGGCCUAGGAGGGGGUAAGUGUGAGAGAGUGUAAGUUUGGGAUAUUGGUGAAGUCAAAGCAAAGUGUCCAAAUGAGGACUAGAUUUGCCAUUUGACUAAUCUUAUUCUAAAGUUAUCAUUAUCUGAUUUACAGCCUUUAGAAAAAUAGAGGCUUGUAAAGCCACAUCCGUUACAUGUUCUCCCUUUAAGAUCAGUUAUUUUCAAGGUCUGUGAAGUUAUUCUUGUUUGGGCUGCUUCCAUGUGGCUGAAAAUAUUCGUCCCUCCUCCCCCAUGCAACUUCCUACCUAAUUUCCUUUUCCUUGUCUCCCGUAUUAUAGUCUCUGUGUUGCAAACAGGGUUCCUAAUGCUUCCUCUGUCUUUUCAGGAAAUUUUCACUAUCUUCAUUUUAAGGUAGCCCUCAAACAGAAUUUGCCUGGCUGCACAGACACUGAAAUGCCCGGUGAGAUACCUUAGGCAGAAAUGUUUUUCCGCUUUGUCAGCUCGGUACAAUGAGAGAUGCAGGCAGGGGAGCAAUUUGGCUACACAAUAGCAACAAAAGUGGAACUUCAAAAACACAAGAAACAAACUCCAGCUUGCCAGACAGGAAAAAAGCAGCAAUAUGGGUAGGAGGAAGAAAAAAGAAAAAAAGAAAAGGGUGCUGAGGAGGGAGUAAAAGCAAUGCCCUGUGUUGUGGCACGGUGACAUCCUCAGUGACACGAUGCAGACUGCGCUCAGAUCAGCGGGAGCACGGCGCGCUGAGUGUGGGUGCCAGGGCCGUGUGCCGGGCUGGGUUUGGGUCUGUGCCAUCGGGGAGCGCUGCCGGUCCUGCCCUCCUGCGGGACACUGGGCUGCCAGGGCAGCUCUCGCAGCUGUGCCGAGGGCAGCGCACGGUCAGUGUGUCCCUGCACCCGUGCGCUCUUAGUGCUGCGGGAGCGGAAGACUCGGCGAGGCCCGAGGCGCUCGUUCCGCCCGCAGCGACACCGGGCGGGCCCCGAGGGUGCGUGGGCUCGGAGCCCGCCCCUCGGGCCCGGCCCGCCCCGGCGCUGGCGCUGCCGCAGUCGGCAGUUCGCGGCGGGCCGGCCGCGGGGGACGCGCUCCGAGCCGCGGGCCGGGGCGCAGCUCAGCCACAGCGCUGCCGGGGGCCGGGCACGGCCGGCGCCUCCCGCCCGCCGCUCGCACCGAGCCAGCGCCGAGCCCCGGGAGCGCCGCUCCGGCAGCCACCAUGGUGGCCAAGGAUUAUCCCUUCUACCUGUCCGCCAAGAGGGCAAAUUUCGCCUUGGAAGCGCAGACGGUGACCAGCCCAGCUAAAGAGACCGAGGAGCCCAGUAACAAACGGGUCAAGCCUCUUUCCAGAGUCACAUCCCUGGCCAGCCUCAUCCCCCCCGUGCGAGCCACUCCGCUGAAGCGCUUCAGCCAGACCCUGCAGAUUUCUGCACAGGGUUGGAGGAUCAGCCAAAUGUCUGCCCCCCUGCCUGGCUCAGUGCAGCGCUCCAUCAGUUUCCGCAGCGAGAGCCGCCCCGAGCUGUUCAGCCCGCGGCCGUGGUCUCGCAAUGUGCCCCCUGCUAACACCAAGAGGAGGGACAGCAAACUCUGGAGCGAGACCUUCGAUGUCUGCGUCAAUCACAUGCUUACAUCCAAGGAAAUCAAGAGGCAAGAGGCUAUCUUUGAACUUUCCCAGGGAGAAGAAGACCUGAUAGAAGAUCUGAAGUUGGCAAAAAAGGCUUAUCAUGACCCAAUGCUUAAGCUUUCCAUAAUGACAGAGCAAGAACUGAACCAAAUUUUUGGAACACUGGACUCUCUAAUUCCUCUGCAUGAAGAUCUUCUUAGGCGACUUCAAGAAGUCAGGAAACCUGAUGGAUCAACAGAUCAUGUUGGCCACAUCCUUGUGGGUUGGCUGCCAUGCCUGAACUCCUAUGACAGCUACUGCAGCAAUCAAGUCGCAGCCAAAGCUUUACUGGACCACAAGAAACAGGAUCACAGAGUGCAGGAUUUCCUGCAGCGCUGCUUGGAGUCUCCCUUCAGCCGCAAGCUGGACCUGUGGAAUUUCCUUGACAUCCCCAGAAGCCGUUUGGUGAAAUACCCACUACUGCUCAGAGAAAUUUUAAGACACACACCAAAUGAUCAUCCAGAUCAACAGCAUCUGGAAGAAGCAAUAAAUAUAAUUCAGGGCAUUGUGGCUGAAAUCAACAUAAAGACUGGUGAAUCUGAAUGCCAGUAUUACAAAGAGAGACUUAUUUAUCUCGAAGAAGGCCAAAGGGAUUCAUUGAUUGACAAUUCACGUGCUGUGUGUUGUCAUGGGGAACUGAAGAACAACAGGGGAGUGAAACUGCACGUGUUCCUCUUUGAAGAGGUGCUGGUGAUCACUCGGGCCGUGACCCACAACGAGCAGCUGUGCUACCAGCUGUACCGGCAGCCGAUUCCCGUGCGGGAGCUGCUGCUGGAGGACCUGCAGGACGGAGAGGUGCGCCUGGGCGGCUCCCUACGCGGAGCCUUCAGCAACAACGAGAGAAUCAAAAACUUCUUUAGAGUCAGCUUCAAAAAUGGAUCCCAAAGCCAGACUCACUCUCUCCAAGCCAAUGACUCCUUCAACAAGCAGCAGUGGCUGAACUGCAUCCGCCAGGCCAAGGAGAAGGCGGCGUGUGCGGGCACGGCGGGCGGGCUGGAGGCGCGAUGCCCCCAGGGAGAGGCCCUGGAGCAGAUGGAGCAGUCGGACUGUGAGUCAGACUGCAGCAUGGACACCAGCGAGCUCGGCGCCGACGGCGAGCGCAUGGAGCAGACGAACUCUUGUGAGAGCCAAAAGCAAAUAGAAACCAAUGUUUGACAAAAACUUACAGCUCGUGGAAGAAAAUCUGUCUCUUACCUGUACAGUAUUUGCAUUCCAUACAUGGAACCAUUUGGAGAAGCACUUUUAGAAUAUUUUUUGUGACAAUGUCAAUGCAGUUCUUGUAUUUGUACCUGUGAGUGUCGUACUGUAACUGCCCAUCUGUAUAAGCUGGAAUCUCUUGCAACUCAUGUCCUGUGAUUAUAUUCCAUAAACACCCAAGGUGGAUGAAAGAGGUACUUGACCAGUUAUUCUCAAUGUCCUGCUGUAAACAGAAUCUCCAAACUACUGUUUAUAUAUGCAUUACAUAAAUAACCUUUUCCUAAUUUUUAAGUACUUUAUUUGCCCUUUAAAGGGGCAGCUGAAGAUAUGGACUUAAUAUGGAACUUCAGGAUGGGUAUCAAGAUAAUAAGUUUUCUUAAAGGUAUGGAAAGAAAAAGUAGUUUCUUGGAACAAAAAAGAAAACUAUCUUACAAUAAGCUAUCCAAACUCCUGUGGUAUUAAAUUAGCAAGAACUAUAAACAGCAGGCCGUGAAACCAGGGACUUUUUAGGGAUUUAUUGUUCAAAAUGAAGCACUGUCCUAAGAUCCAGCAGCCAAACUUACUAAAAUCUGGACAUUUCAAAUAGUCAGCAUAGUAAGAUGGUUUAUUUUUCAAAGAAUGUAAUGCUAAAAAUAAUCAACUGAAAAAACCACAACCAAACCUUUACAGCCAGCACUGAAUUAAAUGAAAUGCUGAGAAUACUGGAUGUUUGUAAAUAAGCUGGUAAUUUGCUUUCAGUGCCAUAUAAAUAUAUAUAUAUAUAUCCCAAACAGUAAAAGAAUGGAAAGGAGCUUUUGCUUGUGAAUAGGCCCUCUUCAGCAUUUUGCACUCCACUGACCUCCACUGUUGGUUUUAAGCACCACUAAUGUUAAAACAUUUAAUUUUCUGUAAAUGUCUGUUUACAAUUACAUGUAGUUGGUUUUUAAAACUAAGUGAUGAUUUUAUACAAAUAGUGCUCUACAUAUAUACCCUGUGGGAUUAUGUAGAGAGAGUUUAAACAAAAAGGGAAUUUUUUGUCCUUUAGGAUGUAUUACAUCCUUUUUACUUUCCUCAAGUGUUGUUUUAAAAGUUUUUGUUGCAUUUCAUUUCAUACUGUAAUUGGAAAUGUUACUGUGUUUUCUGGUGGCUGAUUUAACCUACUCAUUAUGAUGAGAAGCAGAUGAGUCACUUAAAUGCAGUCUAAAACACGUAGUGAUCUUCCUGUUAUUUUUUCAGGAAUCCCUGGGUAGUAUUUUGUUUCUUACUGUAAGAAAUAAUGCCAGUGCUGUAUGGCAAGCUAUGAAAAUGAUAUAUUACAAAUUUUAAAUGAUUCUUGGUAUUACACAAGAUAACCUGUGCAAAGUACUCGUAACAGCAAAAGUAGAAAAACUGCUAAGUUAUUGCCAAAAAUAUUUUUUCUUGUGUUCUACAAGUUUACAUAAAAUUUAGUAGUUAUCUUACAUAUAUAUAUAUGCUGAUGUGCAUUACAGAAAUCAGUGUGACAAGAUGAUAAACAAUAUAAAACAAGGUAUUUUUAUUUUUUAAAAAAUGGCAUUUUUACCCUAUAGAACAUAUUUCUGUAUUUAUAGUUUUUAAAAAAAAGAUCAAUUUUCUUUUCUGUUUCAGGCUUUGUAAUUUAUUUCAACUGCUUCGUUUUUAGAGCUGAAUGAGUGAAGAUGAAAAGAAAAAUCUGUAAAAGAAAAGGUAUAGGGAAGUUGUUAAGCAAAAAUGUUGAAAAAGAGCAAAAAGCAUGUAAAAUGUUCAGGCAGGGAAGAAAAAAACGAAUGCGUGUUUUGACUUUUUUUUAUUAAUGGCCUUAAACUUUUCUGGAAGCAUUUCAAAUAAAUUACAUUAAACCA